AUGGAGAAUAAUGGAGAGGCUCAAGGCGAACAUGAAGAUAGCCAACUGCCAGGCCCAGGUGCUCCAACUCCGCUUUCUGCCCUGGAGGGACUCGCGGGGUUGACUGGGAGAGACAUCAAGUUAUUUGUGGAUGCAGGAUAUCACACAGUUGAGGCAGUCGCCUAUACUCCGAAGCGAUUGCUGGAACAGAUAAAAGGAAUUUCGGAGCAGAAGGCGACAAAGGUCUUAGUAGAAGCCGCCAAACUAGUUCCAAUGGGCUUUACCACAGCGACCGAAAUGCAUGCUCGACGAAGCGAGCUCAUCUCUAUUACAACGGGAUCCAAACGCUUGGACACACUACUAGGUGGUGGUGUCGAGACUGGUUCAAUCACGGAGAUAUUUGGAGAAUUCAGAACGGGUAAAAGUCAGAUUUGUCAUACGCUGGCUGUCACUUGUCAACUACCCUUUGAUAUGGGUGGAGGAGAAGGGAAGUGUCUUUACAUCGACACAGAGGGAACCUUUCGCCCAGUUCGACUUCUUGCCGUGGCACAAAGAUUUGGGCUAGUUGGUGAGGAAGUCCUCGAUAAUGUGGCAUAUGCUCGUGCCUAUAACUCGGACCAUCAAUUGCAGCUGCUGAACCAGGCGUCUCAGAUGAUGUGCGAGACUCGAUUUUCGCUGCUUGUGGUGGACUCAGCGACCGCGCUCUACCGAACAGAUUUCAAUGGACGCGGAGAGUUAUCGUCACGACAGACUCAUCUGGCGAAGUUCAUGCGCACCUUGCAGCGCUUGGCUGAUGAAUUCGGUAUUGCAGUUGUUAUUACCAACCAGGUUGUGGCUCAAGUUGACGGCGGUCCAUCCUCCAUGUAUAACCCCGAUCCCAAGAAACCCAUUGGUGGUAAUAUUAUUGCCCAUGCCAGUACCACGCGACUUAGUUUGAAGAAGGGUCGUGGUGAGACUCGAGUUUGCAAGAUUUACGACAGUCCCUGUUUGCCAGAAAGCGAUUGUCUCUUUGCUAUUAACGAGGAUGGCAUUGGCGACCCCAAUGAGAAGGACAUGGAAAAUGACUAA